AUGUGCAAGAGACUUACGAACAAGCAGCGACCUUGGUCUCUAGAUCUGGCGGCCCUGGAGCCCGGCGCCUGCUGCCCUGGCUCCUGCUGCUGGCAGCCUGGGGCGGGCAGCGCCCAGCUGCGCUACUCGGUCCCCGAGGAGGCCCAGCACGGCACGUUCGUGGGCCGCCUGGCGCAGGACCUGGGGCUGCCGCUGGCCGAGCUGGUGCCGCGCCUGUUCCGGGUGGCGUCCCGGGCCGGCGGGGACCUGCUGGAGGUGAACGUGCAGAACGGCAUCCUGUUCGUGAACGCGCGGAUGGACCGCGAGGCGCUGUGCGGGCGGAGCGCGGAGUGCAGCGUGCACCUGGAGGUGGUGGUGGAGCGGCCGCUGCAGGUGUUCCACGUGGAGGUGGAGGUGAGGGACAUCAACGACAACCCACCCGUGUUCUCCGUGAAGGAACAAAAGCUCUCCAUACCCGAGUCUAGACUGCUGGACUCGCGGUUUCCGCUAGAGGGCGCGUCGGAUGCGGACGUUGGAGAGAACGCAAUGCUUACUUACAAGCUGGCUUCCAACGAGUUCUUCGUUCUUGAUGUUAUAAAUAAAAGAGGUAAAGGCAAAUUCCCAGUGCUCGUUCUACGAAAACUGCUGGAUCGUGAGGAAACUCCUCAGCUGGAGUUGUUACUGACGGUAACUGACGGGGGCAAACCGGAACUGAGCGGCUCUGUGUCUCUGCUGAUCCUGGUGCUGGACGCCAACGACAACGCCCCGGUGUGUGACAGAUCUGUUUACGAAGUGAAAAUGUACGAAAACCCAGCGAACCAAACGUUAGUAACGCGGCUGAACGCCUCUGAUGCCGACGAGGGCGUAAACAAGGAAAUGGUGUAUUCCUUUAGUUCUUUGGUGCCUCCUGUCGUGAGACAGAAAUUCGCAAUAAACGAGAGGACUGGAGAAAUAAAAGUAAACGAUGCUAUUGACUUCGAGGAUAGCAACAGCUAUGAAAUUCUCGUGGAUGUCACAGAUAAAGGAAACCCACCCAUGGUUGGCCACUGCACCGUCCUAGUGGAAAUCUUAGAUGAAAAUGAUAAUCCACCCGAAGUGGUGGUCACUUCUCUUUCACUGCCCGUCCGCGAGGACGCUCCCGUGGGCACGGUGAUCGCCCUCAUCACUGUCUCGGACCGCGACUCGGGCGCCAACGGGCAGGUGAGCUGCGCCCUGACGCCCGACGUGCCCUUCCGGCUGCUGUCGACCUUCAGGAACUACUACUCGCUGGUGCUGGAGAGCGGGCUGGACCGCGAGCUGGUGUCGGGCUACGGCGUGGUGGUGACGGCGCGCGACGCGGGCUCGCCGGCGCUGCGGGCGUCGGCCAGCGUGUGGGUGGAGGUGGCGGACGUGAACGACAACGCGCCCGCGUUCGCGCAGGCCGAGUACACGGUGUUCGUGAGGGAGAACAACGCGCCGGGCUGCCACCUGGUGACGGUGUCGGCGCGCGACGCGGACGCGCGGGAGAACGCGCGCGUGUCGUACUCGCUGGUGGAGCGGCGCGUGGGCGAGCGCCUGCUGUCGAGCUACGUGUCGGUGCACGCGGAGAGCGGGCGCGUGCACGCGCUGCAGCCGCUGGACCGCGAGGAGCUGGAGCUGCUGCGCUUCGAGGUGAGCGCGCGCGACGCGGGCGUGCCGGCGCUGGGCAGCAACGUGACGCUGCAGGUGUUCGUGCUGGACGAGAACGACCACGCGCCGUGGGUGCUGCCGCGGGGCGCGGGCGGGCCGGCGAGCGAGGCGGUGCCGGUGUGGGUGUCGCGGUCGGCGGGCGCGGGCCACGUGGUGGCGAAGGUGCGCGCGGUGGACGCGGACGCCGGCUACAACGCGUGGCUGUCGUACGAGCUGCAGGCGGCGCCCAAUGCGAAUGCGAAUGCGGCUGGGGCGGCGUCGGCUGCGGCGGGCGGGGCGCGGCUCCCGUUCCGCGUGGGGCUGUACACGGGCGAGAUCAGCACGACGCGCAGCCUGGACGAGGCGGACUUGGCGCGCCAGCGGCUGCUGGUGCUGGUGAAGGACCACGGCGAGCCCGCGCUGACGGCCACGGCCACGGUGCUGCUGUCGCUGGUGGACAGCGGGCAAGCGGCGGCGGCGGCGGCGUCCUCGUCGCGGGCGGGUGCGGCGGCGGCGGCGGCGGGCGGCGCGGCGGCGCUGCUGGACGUGAACGCGUCCCUGAUCGUGGCCAUCUGCGCCGUGAGCAGCCUGCUGGUGCUGACGCUGGUGGUGUGGACGGCGCUGCGGUGCUGGGCGCCGGCCGCGGAGGGCGCGUGCGGGCCGGGGCAGCCGGCGCUGGUGUGCGCGAGCGCGGUGGGGAGCUGGUCGUGCUCGCAGCGGAGGCGGCAGCGGGUGAGCGGCGGCGAGGGCGCGCCCAAGGCCGACCUCAUGGCCUUCAGCCCUGGCCUUCCUCCGGGUCCAAUGGUCGACGCUGGAGCGGAAGAUCCGUCUGCUGGACCCGACCAGGUUGGGAAGUAUGUGCUUCAUAAACAGUUUCCAAUAAAAGCUGAUAUCUUCAAGUAUGAGCAUACAAAAAAUAAUUGCAUCAAGAAUUUAAGCAUUGCAAUGCCUUCAGUGUGA